AGCGCUUUGUGCGAGCGAGUUCGGGACCCUCGAGCCUGGGCCAUGUCGGUUGCGUCGGCGCUGGCGGGUCACGACCCUGAGUUGUUGCUGUCUAUUUUGCACGAGCUCAGGCUGCGGGGCCACGAGGCGCCUGCGACGCCGACACCGUCCACGGCCUCCACCGCCACCUCGCCCAGCGCCAUCGGCCCGAAGCACCUGGCGCUGGCGGACUUGCUGAAGCCCAGGCCCGAGCAUGAGCGCGCACAUUGGCGGGUGGUGAGCCCUCAGUCCAAGUUCCGCGCCAGCUGCGGGUUCCCACUGGUGUCCCCAAGUAUGCAGCUAGGCCAUUUGGAGGUCCGCUUCAUCUUCGAGCCAGGGCAGCACUGGGCACGGCUCUCCUCGCGCGGCAAGCACCGGCGCGGGGAGGUUUCGAGCCAGUUCGGAUCCCUGCAGCUGAAAUUCGGGAGCUCGACCAGCGAGCCAAGCGAGCGAGUGCGCUUCUACUUCUGCGUUGGUAAGUUCACUCUGGGCCCCUUCGGCGCCUCAAGCUGCGCCUCAGAGAAGUGUGAGCUGCCGGAGGAUUGGGGGAGGAUGGUCAGGGACGGGGUUCUGCACGUCAGCGCUGAGCUGAGAUGAAAAUCGCGGAAGGCUCGCCGAAGUGAGCCUUCGGCGCCUUUUGCGCUCGGCUCGCUCCGGCGGGGAACCAUUAUUGUUGAUGAAAGCUCUUGAGUACUUCCAUGGAUGCAUUUUGAGAGCCCGCCCGGGUUCCGUUUUUGGUCACGAAGGUGAGUCAGCUUCAGGC